CUAACCAAAGCAGAGAGAUUAAUUAUGGCCAACUCCAAAAGAUUGUUUGGAGUCGUAAGGAGGAAACUUCUCAGUCGAUCUCCCAGCAGUAUCACCACCAUUUGCUCGUCUAUCCCAGAAACCACUAAAGAACACAUUGCCGCCAUUAAAAUCCAAGCUUAUUUAAGAGGUCACCUGGGAAGGAGAGCGUUUAGAGCGUUGAGGAGUCUUGUGAAGCUUCAGGCGGUGGCGAGAGGAGUGCUUGUGAGGAGACAAGCUCGAAUAGCAUUACAUUGUAUGCAUGCUCUUGCUCGCUUGCAGGUUAGGGUUCGUGCUCGUCAGAUUCUCUCCCAUUAAAACCCCAUGAUAUCCACUUCUAAAUUUGCCCUUGUUUCUUCUACACCUGUUGUGAUUGUGACAUCUACAUAACGUACCUUUGUCCUUUCAAAUUAUUGUGAUUUUGUUUGUAUAUUUAACUAAUUAGCCCUAA